AUGAACAGGACCCUUGGAGAAAAGACAAGGACAUUGCUAAUGCAGAGGAGACUACCCAAGAAGUUCUGGCUGUAUGCAAUCAGAGCUGCAGCAUUCAAAAUAAACCUCACUCCGAGUGUUGAUAAUGAAUUACCUUACCAAGUCAUGUUCAGCAAGUCGCCAGAGCAAGCUUUAAGACUUCUACGAGUGUUUGGUUGUCUGGCAUGGGUAAACAUACCCAAAGUCAAAUGGGACAACAAGAAACUGGACCAUCUAGAGAGAAAGGGCUGGCUAUUCUACAGCCCAGACUAUAAUCUGAACAUAUUCUGGAGCAAUUCAGCAAAAUUCAUGGAAUCAAAGUGCUGGUCAGACAGAAUGGAGUGGCAACCGGUUGACACAAAGGCACCCCCAGCAAUGAUGACAGAAGAGAAUUUUGAAGAUCUAGGAUACAACAAAGAAAAUAUAUUUGACAAAACAGAUGAAGGGCCACUACAAGAAUACAUGGAUAUGGAGACAGAUUCGGAAGAAAGAUUAAGUGGAGGAACUGCGGAAGUGAUGGAACAAGGACCAAUCGCCAAAGCCCAGAUUGACAAACAGAGAAAGAACCUGGACCCAACCAUACAUGAAGCAAUGAAUGGAGAAGAUAGAAAGCACUGGGAAGAAGCCAUGUGA